UCCGUACUGCUCCUUGUCUGCUCAGAUUUUUUUUUUUUUUGCAGUUGAUAACAAUUUCUUUGGGAUUAAAUGGUGAUUUCUCUCUCUAAACUUACUUUGUCGCCAUAACUCCAAAAGCAAGAUACCCAGCUAUAAAUAUCCAUCUAUACCGCAGCAGGAAACUAGCGAGAUAUGGCCUUGAGCACAAUACCCCUUCUUCUUGACAACCAGCCUGUUAUUACAGCUGACUCUUUCGACGUCAUCAGCCCAAAUACCGGAGCGGUUGUUUACAAAUGCAGCUCUACUUCUGUAGCCCAUGCAGUGCGUGCUGUUGAUUCCGCAAACGCUGCCUUCAAGAGCUGGGCCAAAGUGAAACCUUCUGCUCGCCGUGAUAUCUUCUUAAAAGUAAUUGAGAUUUACGAACGACGCAAAGAGGAACUUAUAGGAUAUGCGCAAGAAGAGACAGGAUCGAGUCGGAUGUUUGCUGAAUUCAAUUGGGGCCUCGGUCAUAACCUGCUGAAAGAUGUAACUGGAAGGACGCUUUCGACAGCAGGCACAGUACCUAUUAUGAGGGAUGAAGGCCAGAGUGGCAUCGUGUAUAAAGAACCUUAUGGGGUUAUUCUUAGCAUUGCCCCGUGGAACGCGAUGUUCGUUUUGGGUCUGCGAUCAAUCGUUCUACCGCUGGCAGCUGGUAACACUGUCGUACUGAAGGCCUCCGAGCUCUCCCCGAAGUGUUUCUGGGCCCUUGGGGAUAUCUUUCGUGAAGCCCAACUACCUCCCGGUUGUCUUAAUGUCCUCUAUCACCGGCCAGCGAGUGCGGCGGAAAUCACGACUGCAUUGAUCGCACAUCCUGCUAUUCGAAAGAUCAACUUUACCGGCAGCACUCAGGUUGGAAGAAUAAUUGCCUCCACUGCGGGCAAAUAUAUUAAGCCAGUGCUGCUCGAACUUGGCGGAAAGGCCAGUACAAUCGUAUUGGAUGAUGCGGACUUGAAAAAGGCCGCAACUGGUUGUGUGAUGGGCUCCUUUUUACAUGGAGGCCAAAUCUGCAUGUCUACCGAGCGCAUAAUUGUCCAACGAUCCGUCAUCGACGAAUUCCGCAACCACCUCCGCGAAACCAUGGCUACAAGCAAUUCCAACCCUCCUCCCGUCCUUGUAAGCGCCGCGCCCGUCAUUAAAAACAGAAAUCUCGUCUCAAACGCCGUAUCCAAAGGCGGAAACAUUUUAGUCGGCGAUAAUAUCAGCACCGAGGAAACACCAAACAACACGCGAAUGCAUCCCAUCAUCCUCGAAGGUAUAACCCCAGACAUGGACAUCUACCACACCGAAUCCUUCGGCCCGACCGUAUCGCUGUACGUCGUCGACACCGAACAGGAAGCCAUCCAGCUCGCUAAUGAUACUGAGUACGGGCUCAGUGCAGCCGUAUAUACGGAGAAUUUGGGCAGAGGUUUACGCGUUGCAAAGCAGCUGGAAUCUGGGGCCGUGCAUAUCAACUCCAUGACCGUCCAUGACGAACCUGGUCUGCCACAUGGAGGUGUGAAGUGUAGCGGUUUCGGCCGUUUCGGUGGCCCCGCAGCCUUGGAUGAGUUCCUUACGACAAAAUCUGUUACGUGGAUGGAUGUGUAGAGAGACGUGCACUGCCAUCCCAUAUCAUUUUACGUUUACCACACCGAAGGAUAUCCAUGUAUAGCUGUCAAAUUUAUGGCAUAUAUGGGAGCGGGAUCUCAUCCAAAACAUAAUUUUUUUGGGGAGCAUAUUGCAUAUUGGUAUUCAGAUAAAGGGUUUUGGUCCACCCACACCCGUGGACUUUUGUAAGGAUGAUGUAAAUAGAAGUGCUGGUAAAAAGAAAAUCCAUUGGCAACUGCAGCCUCGGGCCGCAUGCUUCGUGGUGCAUGCAUGAGCAUCAAGCCAGGCAAAUACAUAUAUAUAUAUAUAUAGAUAUAUAUAUAGAAGAAUGGAAAUAAACAACAAUGGUCUAAAGUGAAAG